UCUGAUCAUGGACGCGGGAACAGUUGAAAAAAAUUUUUUGAAAGUCAAUAAAAUAUUCGGAUUAAUAAUCGGUGUAUGGCCGUACCAGAAUUAUCGGUUGAAAAUGGCGGAACGAUUCAUAAGUAUCACGGUGAUGAUGAGUAGUUUCGUAACACAGGUUGCACAUAUUGUAUUGAAUCCUACUAUAGAGAAAGUAGCAAUGAACUUGCCUUAUUCUAUAGCAUCGUUUGGAACAUUUGUAAAAAUGGGUAAUUACUUUUUGGAUGAAACUAAGUUGAUAACAAUAUUGAAUCACAUAUUCGAAGAUUGGGCGGCGAUAAAAACCAAAGAAGAAUACGAGAUUAUGUACAAAUACUCACGAAGAGGAUUGUUCAUCACGAUAAGUUAUUUUCUGCACAUUGGUGUUACUGAAAUAUUUAUGCUUAUGUGGCCCAUGGUACCGCCCAUUCUGGACAUCAUCAUGCCAUUAAACGUGUCACGGAAACGUAUACUCUUGUACCCGGCUUAUUUCUGGUUGGAUGACGAAAAAUACUACGUGCUUUUACUAGGACACAUGAUAAUCGCCAUACUCAUGACCUGCUUUAUAUUUUGCGCCUGUGAUACGAACUAUGUAUAUGCUGUACAGCAUGCAUGCGGUUUGCUGGCAAUCGCGAAAUAUCGGUUUAAAAAUGUAUGCAAAGAUUUGAACGACAAAGAAAAUCAUGCGAUGCCAUUAGAGAAAAUCAAGUAUAAAAGUAUAUGCGAAUCGAUCAAGGCGCAUCAACACACUUUGAAAUAUCUGAAGCUAAUCGAAAAUAGUUACCAUACGUAUUUAUUCAUUUCUUUGGGGUUGCUGAUAAUGGCUAUUAGCGUGUCGUUAUUAGAGGUGGCAAAUGGUUCGAGAAAAUUAGUGCAAGCCACAUAUUUGUUCGCUCAAUUAUUCCACACAUUCAUUCUCACUGUGCAAGGGCAGUUCGUGAUAAACGAAUUACAAGAUGUUUACGAGUCUAUAUACGAAUCGCCAUGGUACACUUUUUCACCUAGAAUUCGAUCGUUAUAUGUAUUGUCGUUGAGAAGUUGCCUAAAUUUUCCCACGUUAACAGCCGGUGGUCUGAUCGUACUGAAUUUGCAAUCUUUCGCAGAGAUAAUCAAAGCAGCUGUUUCCUAUUAUACAGUAAUGCAAACGACCUAAUAACGAUGUAUACGUACGUAUAUAACGAUUGGAAUAUUAUAUACAGGAUGUUAAUAUGUUUGUAGAAUUUUAUUAUUUUAUUAUUUUAUUAUUUAAUAAAUAAGCCUUAAUUAAAUCGUGUGUAUUGAUUCUAUCAAU